GUCACACGCGCGUGUGUGUGCCUGUGCGCGCCCCGCUUAAAGGCACCGCUCCGUGCCGUGGACGCUGCUUCCCGCUCACGGAUGCCAACCUGGAACGUCGGGCAGCAACAGCAGCAUCAGCAGCGUUGGCCAAAGUAGGACGUGCUACUGAACCGAUUGGACCACGACGCCGGCUCGCGGAUCCGCGAUGGCUCUGAGCGACGGGUCGCUGCCGCGGCAGCGAGAGCUGGGAGGGCGGUCCACGGAGGGCUCUGCGCGCCAUCCGAUGAGCCAGGCGGACCUGGAGGGGCUGGCGAUGCGGGCGGAGCACCCGCCGCCCACGCUGCGGGAGCGCCUGUUCUCCUGCGUGCACUGCUCUCGCGCGGACCUGAGCGCCCGGAUGAAGCUGGCUUUCCCCGUGCUGUCAUGGCUGCCGCGCUACCGUCUGCGCGAGUGGUUUCUGGGAGACAUCUUUGCCGGCAUCAGCACCGGUGUCAUCCAGUUACCGCAGGGAAUGGCGUACGCUCUGCUGGCCGGAGUACCUCCCAUCUAUGGCCUCUACGCCUCCUUCUACCCAAUGCUCGUCUAUUUCUUCCUCGGAACAUCUCAUCACAUCUCCAUUGGCACGUUCGCGGUGCUGAGCGUCAUGGUGGGCGACGUGACGGAGCGCGUGGCGCCGGACGAGGACUUCCUCCUGCCGCCGGCAAACUUGACGGGCACCAACCAGACCCUGAGCAGCAUGCGAUUGUCCCUGGAGGGCAUCGACGUGGCAGCACGCGACCAGGCACGUGUCUCCGUCGCCAUCGCCGUCACGUUCCUCUGUGGAAUCUUCCAGCUCUCCCUGGGUAUGCUGCGGUUCGGAGUGGUGGCGACGUACCUCUCCGAGCCCAUGGUGCGUGGCUUCACCACGGCCUGCUCCAUCCACGUGUGCGUCACCCAGUUCAAGUACAUGUUCGGCGUCAGCGUCUCGCGCUACAGCGGGCCCCUGGCCAUCGUAUACACCACGAUAGAGUUCUGUUCCCGUCUGGGCCACACCAACCUGGUGUCGCUCCUGCUGUGCGUCAUCUGCACCGUGGGCCUCGCUGGGAGCAAGGAGCUGGGCGACCGCUACAGGAACCGCCUGCCCGCGCCCAUCCCGCUGGAGCUCAUCCUGGUUGUACUUGCCACGCUCGCGUCCAGUGGCCUGGAGCUCAACGAGAAGUAUGCGGUGGACAUCAUUGGAGACAUUCCCACUGGCCUGAAGCCCCCGGUGGCCCCACCGUUCGCUCUGUUUGGCAAGGUGGUGGUGGACGCCAUCACCUUGGCCAUCGUGGGCUUCUCCAUCGCCAUCUCCAUGGGCAAGACGUUCGCCCUCAAGCACGGAUACAACAUCGACAGCAACCAGGAGCUGGUCGCCAUCGGCCUGAGUAACAUUUUCGGGUCGAUCUUCCACUCGUUCACCAUCAGCUGUGCCAUGUCGCGGAGCCUGGUGCAGGACGCGACGGGAGGGCAAACGCAGGUGGCCGGUCUGGUGUCGGCGUUGUUGGUGCUCAUCGUAAUUCUGGCCAUCAGCAGCCUCUUCCGGCCCCUGCCCAGGGCGGCGCUGGCGGCUGUCGUUCUCGUCAACCUCAAGGGGAUGUUCAAACAGUUCGCCGACGUGCCCCAGCUGUGGAGAACCUGUCGCAUCGACCUGGCCAUGUGGAUGGUGACCUUCUGGGCGUCCGUGCUGCUGGGGCUGGACCUGGGCCUGGCCGUCGCAGUGUCGUUUGCUCUGCUCAGCGUCGUCAUCCGCACCCAAACGCCCAAGUACUCGAUUCUGGGCAAAAUCCCCAACACCGACAUCUACCUGGACCUCAAAGAAUACGCGGAAGCGAAGGAGAUUCCCGGGAUCAGGAUAUUCCAGACCAACGCGUCGCUCUACUUCGCCAACGCGGAUAUGUACACGGAGGCGCUGAUCAGCAAGACCGGUCUGGACCCCCGGUCGCUGAUCGCCGUGCGCAAGAGGUUCCUCGCGCACCAGCAGCGCUUGGAGCGCAAGCGGCGUCGCGAAGCCGGCACGGAGGCCAAGAGCGCCACGCUAAAUCUGGACUGCGCCGAGGCGGGGCAUGUGGUGCUCCCGCUGGAGGAGGGCGAGGAGCAGGGCCUCACCACGACCGCGUACCGCUUCCUCGUGCUCGACUUUGGCGCCGUGACCUUCGUGGACACGCCCGGGGUCAAGAUGCUCAAGAGGAUAUUCCAAGAGCACAAGGAGGUGGGAGUGCAAGUGUGCCUGGCUGGUUGUCGAGCGGUGGUGGUGACCCAGCUGGAGCGAACCGGCUUCCUGAGUGGGCCCUCCAGCAAAGCGCAGCUCUUCCUGAGCGUCCCCGACGCGGUGGCCCACUGCCAGCGCCAAGACGCGCUGCACAGCAGACCGGCGCUCGCCACACCGCCUGGCGCGCACAACCACAUGGCCGACGGACGGGAGGACAAACACGCGCAUCCCGUGGAGAACGGAGGGUGCUACCCGGAGCCCAGGAGCCCCGCGCCGAUGGGCUUGUCUCCAGGGGUCGGCUCACCCUGGCGAGGGCUGGGGCUGCCGCCCGAGGAUUCCGCAGUCGUGGAGGAGCAAUGAGAUGCUUAGGUCGUAGAGAAUACAAAGAUGUGACGUGCGCGCGAACGAGGAGAGUCGCUCGCACCGCCCCCUCGACCCUCGCGACGCCCUCCUCGGGGGACGACGACGACGAGGAGGAGGAGAGAGGUACCCCUGUUCGAC